GUUGAAAUGCAUUCUUUUAAUUAAUUAAUUAAUUUAAUUUUUUUAUGAUUUUCUUGUCCUUGGUUGUUGAAUGGAUUGUUUUAGAAUUUAAAAGAAGGUAGAUUAUAUUGUGUAUGUCCCUGAAACUGCUGUGUGUGUUUUUAUUCUGAGAAUUGGAAAUUUCAUACGGUGGUCGGGUGUGAUUGUAAUCGGUGAGGUUGUGCGGUCGAGGUUUCCCAGAAAAAAAAAAUGUAAUUGGGAUGGAAAAAAAAGUGACCUUAGAUGAUUUCAAAGUUGGAUCUGUUCCGACUUUAAUAUACAUCCCGGACUUCAUUACGGAUAAUGAACAAACCAUGCUUCUAAAUAAGAUUUAUGAAGGCCCAGUAUCAAAGUGGAAAUCAUUAAAGAAUAGGAGGUUACAAAACUGGGGCGGUUUUGUCCAUGAAAAGGGUCUUCUGCCACAGGAUUUGCCAUCAUGGCUAACCAAGAUUACAUGCAAGAUAUAUGAAGAAUCAGGGCUGUUCCCAUUGCCAAUUAAUCAUGUCCUUAUCAAUGAAUACCUUCCUAACCAAGGCAUAAUGGCACACCAGGACGGGCCGGCUUAUUAUCCAGUUGUAGCAAUUCUGUCCCUCGAGUCACCUGUUGUUAUGGACUUUACUCCCCAUUCAAGACUGACUUUGUGCAAAAGCACUUGUGCAAAUGCUGUUGAGGAUACAAAUUCUGAUGCGGGGGUCAUUAAUAUUAAUACAGAUAAGUCAAUGAAUGAACUUCAUCCAUUUCCUGUCAUAUUAAUGCCUCGCAGUUUGCUGAUAUUCAAAGAUAAAGCAUACUCAGAUUACUUGCAUGCAAUAAAAGACUGUGAGGUACAAUGUUAUGAUGGGGCUGUAAACGAAGUACAAGCUCUACAGCGUGGUCAAGCUAUAGAUGAUGAUGCUUCACAAUUUGAUGGAGCUGUUGGUGUAAUGAAAACUGGGGAUUUUAAGAGAAUUCAUAGAACUACCCGUAGAAUUUCAUUGACAUGUCGAUUAGUUUCAAAAGUUCAUAAAAAUUUGCUCAGGUUUUAGUCUUUGGAGUUCUGAGAAGUAACUAAUUUGGUAAGUCUAAUGUUGAAGGUUUCGCCUUUAAGAGCUUUCAUGAUAACCUAGUUUGAGCUACAUCACCUGUUUUGUAAAUGCUAAACAAUGUUGGAGUAUUUAAGAUUUUCUGAAGUGUUAUUCUUUCUCUAAUA